CGGGUAUAAAAGGAUGGCUGAGGCGGCUCCGCUAGUCAGAAGCCCAGGUUCAUCACCUCUGGGUCACUUCUUCCUGGCGGGCGGCAGGUGCCUGUCAGCGGCUCCGCAGACGCAGCAGCAUCUCACCAGACUGAAAUGAAGGUUGUUGCUGAGGCUGCCAUCUUGUCCAGACUCUGGAUGCUCAUUCAGGCUGUGGGAAGAAUUCAAUUCCUUGCAGCUAUGGUCUGUCAUUUUCAUUAAUAACUGCUGCUUUGAGGUACCAAAGUAAAGGAUAUUUGCUAUAUUUGAUAUUUUCCAGUUCAGGUUUGAGGCCCAGGUAGCAGCAAGAAUGGAAGAACACAUGAUGAUUUUAGAGAGAAUGUCACAGCUAAUUUUGAGUGCAGUGCCAAAAGCUGAAUAUUCCAGUUUAUUCAAUGAUUUUAUUGAAUCUGAAUUUUUUCUGAUUGAUGGAGAUUCAUUACUUGCUACAUGUAUAUGUGAGAAAUCAUUAAAAUCGGGGCAGGAGCUCCACUUCUUUUAUCUGGUUGAAUGCUAUCUUAUGGAUCUUAUCAGUAAAGGAGGACAAUUUGCCAUAGUUUUCUUCCAGGAUGCUGAGUAUGCAUAUUUCGGCCUCCCUGAACUUCUUCCUUUGAGAACUGCUUUAAUUCUUCAUCUUCAGCAUAAUACCACCAUUGAUGUUCGAACAAAAUUUUCUGGAUGCCUGUCACAGGAGUGGGAAAUUUUCUUGGAAGACAGUUACCCAUAUUACCUGAUAGUUGCAGAUGAAGGACUGACCCAUCUACAAACAUACCUUUUCAACUUUUUAAUUACUCAGUCUUGGGCAAUGAAAGUCAACAUCGUGCUUUCCUCAGGGCAAACAUCUGACAUUCUUCGACUUUAUGCGUACCUUAUGCCAAGCAUGUAUAAAAACCAAAAAUUUUUCAAAGAGAAUAAAGAGAAGAUUGAGAGUGCUUAUAAAACCCUGAUUAAACAAUUGGAAGAAUGUAGAAUUUCGGCACUAGAAUUUCUUUUUGGAAAUUUAAAUUGGAAAAAUAUGAUGGAAGAGGCAUGUGAAACUAUUUCUCAGCUUAAGCAGCUCUGGCCAGAAGGCUCUGAUAUUCGGCGUGUUCUUUGUGUUACUUCAUGCUCCUUGUCUUUGAGAAUGUACCAUCACUUUUUAGAAAACAGAAAAAAGACUACCUCUGAUGAGAAAACUAACAUCCAAGAGGAGGAAAGUAAUUGCUUAGCCCUGCAAGAGAUGGAGGAUCUGUGUAAACUGCACUGUCUCAGUGUGGUUUUCCUACUCCACUUACCUCUUUCUCAAAGAGCCUGUGCUAGAGUCAUCACUUCCCAUUGGACUGAGAACAUUCACACUUUCUUAGAAAUGAAAAAGUGGUGUGAUUAUUUCAUCCUAAGUAAUAUAAACAUUUGUGAAUUUUGGAAUCUGAAUUUAAUUCACCUUUCGGACUUAAGUGAUGAGCUUCUGUUGAAGAAUAUUGCUUUUUACUAUGAAAAUGAAAAUGCUGAAGGCCUACAUUCGAAUUUAGGAGAUGCCAUUAUGAAAGAUUAUGAACAUCUCUGGAAUACUGUGUCAAAGCUGAUCAGAAAGUUUGCUGUUGGAAAGCCAUUUCCUCUGAGAACAACAAAACUUUCUUUUCUUGAAGAGAAUCCAUCACCAAUCAAAGAUACCUCCAAGGAAAAGAUUCCUAAUUUGGGAUUUAUUUCAAUGUCAUGUGAAGUGGUUGAUAAGUUUGUUGGCAACCUUUUGAAAGAUUUGCCUUUCUUAAAAAGUGAUGAUCCUAUUGUAACUUCACUAGUUAAACAAAAGGAAUUCAAUGAACUUUUGCAUUGGCAUUCUCACAGACCCCUUAGUGAUGAUUAUGACAGGACAAAGUGUCAAUUUGAUGAAAAAUCUAGAGAUCCUCAUUAUCUUAGGUCUGUACAGAAGUAUCAUGUUUUUCAACGAUUUUAUGGAAAUUCAUUAGAAUCAGUCUCUUCAAAAGUCGUCGUAACUCAAGCUGUCAAGCCAAAGAAUAAUUUUAGUGCACCCAAGAACAAAAAGGCACAUGAGACUAAGGCUGAAAUAAUUACUAGAGAGAAUAAAAAGAGGUUAUUUGCUAAGGAGGAACAAAAAGAGGAGAAAAAGUGGAGUGUUCUGUCAUUUUCUAUUGAGGAGGAAAUGAAAGAGAACUUAAACUCUGGAAUUAAGAACCUGGAAGAUUUUUUGAAAUCGUGUAAAAGUAACUCAGUGAAAUUUCGAGUUGAAAUGGUAGCAUUAACUGCCUGCUUGAAAGCAUGGAAAGAACAUUGCCGAGGUGAAACCACGAAAGAUUUAAAUAUAGCUGUUCAAAUGAUGAGAAGGAUCCAUUCCUUGAUGGAGAAAUACCCAGAACUUUUGCAGGAGGCAGAUCAGCAACUCAUAGCCAAAUGCCUGAAGUAUUUAGGAUUUGAUGAAUUGGCAAGUUCUUUAUAUCCAGCCCAGGUCUCAAGAGAUGACGUAAAGAAGAAAACAGAUAAAUACUCAAUUGGCAUUGGGCCAGUUCGGUUUCAACUACAAUACAUGGGCCAUUAUUUGAUACGAGAUGAGAGAAAAGAUCCAGAUCCCAGAGUUCAGGAUUUUAUUCCUGACACAUGGCAGCGAGAGCUCCUUGAUGUUGUGGAUAAUAAUGAGUCAGCAGUGAUUGUCGCCCCAACGUCCUCAGGCAAAACCUAUGCUUCCUACUAUUGCAUGGAGAAGGUGCUGAAGGAGAGCAAUGAAGGGGUAGUUGUGUAUGUUGCACCAACAAAGGCCCUUGUUAAUCAAGUAGCAGCAACUGUUCAGAAUCGUUUUACCAAAAAUCUGCCAAAUGGUGAAGCUCUGUGUGGUGUUUUUACAAGGGAUUAUCGUCAUGAUGCCUUAAACUGUCAGGUGCUUAUUACAGUGCCUGCCUGCUUUGAAAUUCUGCUAUUAGCUCCUCAUCGCCAAACAUGGGUGAAAAGGAUCAGAUAUGUUAUAUUUGAUGAGGUCCAUUGUCUUGGCGGAGAAAUUGGAGCAGAAGUCUGGGAGCAUCUCCUUGUCAUGAUCCGAUGUCCCUUUUUGGCUCUUUCAGCUACCAUAAGUAACCCUGAGCAUCUCACUGAGUGGCUACAAUCAGUAAAACACUACUGGAAACAAGAAGACAAUACAAUGGGAAAAAAUACUGCUUUUAAAAGAAAUGCUGGCUGUUAUGCCAAUUCUCCCAAAGAUUACUUCCGAAUAAAGGAAUCAUAUAAAGUUAGACUUGUGCUCUAUGGAGAGAGAUACAACGAUUUAGAGAAGCAUAUAUGUUCAAUAAAACAUCAUGACAUUUAUUUUGAUCAUUUUCACCCAUGUGCCGCACUAACAACGGAUCAUAUUGAAAAGUAUGGAUUCCCUUCUGAUCUUACCCUUUCCCCUCGAGAAACCAUCCAGCUUUAUGAUACCAUGUUUCAAUUCUGGGAAAGCUGGCCCAGGGCCCAGGAGUUCGAUCCAGACAAAUUCAUUCAUUUUAAGAAUAAAAUAGUUGUUAAAAAGUUGGAUGCUAGAAAAUAUGAGGAGAGCUUAAAGGCAGAAUUCACAAGUUGGAUUAAAAAUGGCCAUACUGAGGAGGCCAAAAUGGUUCUGAGGAAUCUUAGUCCUGAGUCAGUUUCUAGUUCAGAAAACAUGAUAAGAAUGUUUCCACUUCUCGUUGAAAAGCUAAGGAAAAUGGAAAAGUUACCAGCAUUAUUUUUUUUAUUCAGCUUAAGAGACGUGGAACAAACAGCUCAGUGGGUGAGAUGUUUCCUGGAGCAAAAGCAGGAGAGACAAAGGCCCCCCGAAGCUGAUAAAGAAGCCCAUGACAUGAUUAAUAAACUUCGAAAAGUUCAAAAAUCCAUUGAGAAACAAAAGACAAUGUAUGAAAAAAAGCAGAAAAUUCCAAGAAAAAUGGAUCAAAGGCUAAUAAUACAUGAAGGUGAACGUAAUAAUCUACUCAAGAUUUUAGAGAAGAACCUGGAAAUCCCUCAGGAGUGCACAUAUGCUAAUCAAAAAGCAAUAGACACUGAGACUUUGCAGAUGGUGUUUGAUCGAGUAAAAUUCUCAAGAAAAGGUGCAGUGCUGAAGGCUUUGGCAGGAAGGGGUAUUGGAUAUCAUCACAGCUCUUUAAGCUUCAAAGAAAAACAGUUAGUUGAGAUACUUUUUCGGAAAGGAUUUAUUAGGGUGGUGACAGCUACUGGGACACUUGCUUUAGGAGUCAACAUGCCUUGUAAAUCUGUGGUGUUUGCUCAAAACUCAAUCUAUCUGGAUGCUUUAAAUUAUAGACAGAUGUCUGGACGUGCUGGAAGACGAGGUCAAGACCUGCUGGGAGAUGUAUAUUUCUUUGAUAUUCCAUUGCCCAAAAUAGAAAAACUCAUUAAAUCCAAUGUUCCUGAACUGAAAGGACAGUUUCCUCUCAGCAUUACACUGGUCCUGCGACUCAUGCUGCUGGCCUCCAAGGGAGAUGACCCAGAGGAUGCCAAAGCAAAGGUGCUGUCAGUGCUAAAGCAUUCAUUGUUGUCCUUCAAAAAACCCAGAGUCAUGGAGACGUUAAAACUUUACUUCUUGUUUUCUUUGCAAUUCCUUGUGAAACAGGGCUAUUUAGAUCAAGAAGGUAAACCAGUGGGGUUUGCUGGACUUGUAUCACAUUUGCAUUAUCAUGAGCCUUCUAAUCUUGUUUUUGUCAGUUUUCUUGUAAAAGGCCUUUUCCAUAAUCUCUGUCAGCCAACUAGGAAAGGCUCAAAACAUUUUUCUCAAGAUGUUAUGGAAAAGCUAGUGCUAGUAUUGGCAAAUCUGUUUGGAAGAAGGCUUCUUCCAGCAAAGUUCCGGGAUAGUACUGUCACGUUUUAUCAAUCAAAGGUGUUCCUUGAUGAUCUCCCUGAGGAUUUUAAUGAUGCUUUACAUGAGUAUAAUAUGGACAUUACAAAGGAUUUUGCCUCCUUCCUACUAAAUGUUGCCAAAUUGGCUGAUAUGAAACAGGAAUAUGAACUCCCAUUGUCAAAAACAAAUUUCACAGGAAAAGAAUGUGAGGACUCUGAACUUGUGUCUCACUUGAUGAACUGCAAAGAAGGAAGAGUAGCUAUUUCUCCAUUUGUUUGUCUCUCUGGAAACUCUGAUGGUGAUUUGCUUCAACCAAAUACUCCAAACCAUGCCAUUCUACGCACAAUUGGUAUCAAUCACGCUCAGGCUCCUGUGCUGUGGUCACAGAUAUUUGAUAACCAGGGAAGAAGAAUGCCACUUAAUGCUUAUGCACUUGAUUUCUAUAAACAUGGUUCCUUGACAGGACUAGUCCAAGACAACAGGAUAAAUGAAGGAGCUGCUUAUCAGUUGUUGAAAGAUUUUGCACUCACCAUUAAAUCUAUCAGUGUUUCCUUGCGUGAACUAUGUGAAAAUGAAGACGACAAUGUGGUCUUAGCAUUUGAACAGUUGAGUGACACCUUUUUUGAAAAACUUAAGGCAGUUUAAAAAUAAAGACUAUCCAGACCGCUAUCAAGACCAGGCAUUUUUCAAGUCAUAUUUUGUGAUCCUCAUACUUUUUGUCAGAAAUACAUCUAUGGGAAGUGGAAAUAGCAAACACUUUGGAGUCAGAAUUGUGAUCAAACCUGCCAUGUUCUCUCAUGUGUACCCUUGGACAAGUUAUUUAAUAUCUUUGGAAUCAUGGCUUCUGUAUAUAGUUGAAUAAUAAUGCCUAUGUUUCAGCUAGUUUGUGGACUGAUUGAGAAAAUGCAAAGAUUUUGUAUGUGACUGAAGAACAAUUUUUACUCUGUGAAGCCUAAACAAAUAUUACAUUCUCAGCAUUUUUCUCCUUGGUGUUAUAAAUUGUAAAGGUCUAUCAAGGCUAAAAUAAACUAUUACAGUAUCAAGUUGAAAUAUAUUUUCUCUAAUUAACUUAAAUGUGAUUAUAUGAUUUAGAUAUAUGGUUUUUAAAAAUGGCACCUUCUAGUAAACUUGAAUUACUUUUUAAAAAAAUAUAAAUGAGAGUUUUGGCAUAAAUCCUGUGAUGCUUUAAGAUAAAAUAUAGCUGGUGAUUUGACUUGAUUUCAAUUGUGACUGAAAAACCACAAAGAAAUAAAAUGGGUGUAACCAA